AUGGUUCCGGGAUAUACCACAAUUAACAGUGUCAGUGAGCAGUUUUCGGAUAUAACGCUUUACCGCAGUCUAGUGGGAGCGCUGCUUUAUUUGUUGGUGAACGCUCGCCCAGACGUAUCCAAAAGUGUAGGUCUCCUAGGCCGAAAAAUGAGUAACCCGAACCAAAGUGACUGGCCAGCUGCUCAAAGGGUUCUCCAGUACUUAAACACUACAAAGAAUUUGAGGCUGAAGUUUGGUCCGGUUAAGGACUGGAAGUUAAUUGGGUACUCGGACUCUGACUGGGCUGGCGAUCAGCAAACUAGAAAAUCGACGACUGGAGUAGUGUUUUUCUUUGGUGAAGGGCCCAUCAGUUGGAUAAGUAAGGCUCAGGCUUCAGUAGCUCUUUCGUCGUUAGAAGCUGAGUAUAAUGCGCUAACCAUAGCGUGCCAGGAAGCUGUCUGGAUAAGACGUUUGCUCAAGGACUUGGGUGAACAUCAAGCGAAACCAACAACAUUAUAUGAAGAUAACCAGGGGUGUAUAUGUUUCGCGAAGGCGGAACGUUCAAGCGGCAGAGUAAAGUAUAUCGACACAAAAGGCCAUUUCAUCAAAGACCUCUGCGAUCGUAAUGUCAUCGUUUUGACGUAUUGCCUUUCAAGUGAGAUGGUGGCGGAUGCUUUAACCAAGCCUUUAGGGCCAUUGUUGCAUAGCCAAUUUGUCGAGCGUAUUGGACUUUCAGCUUGA